CUCAAAAUGUCUGCGCCCUGUCAAAAAAUUUUCGGAAAUAUUUUUCGAUUUAAAACCUCUUUUUCAGCUGUUUGCAGCAGGAACAUAGCUGCAAAAACUUCACCUUCACUGGCUUCAGAUCUCAAAUGGAAUGUGGCUUCUCAAAGAUACUCAAGUUCAGGCGGGAGCUCAUCACAGCACUUCUUUGUCAAGGAUGCCAACAUACCGACACCUGUGCAAUUACGUGUGAAGUUAAAGGAGUUGAUUGGACAACAACAGUUAUGGAGUGAAAAACAUUCGGAGCAGUCGAGCACACCGCUCCCAGAGGCCACAAGCCAAGCAGACCUUCCAAUGCGUACCAUGAGCGAUAGCUACUGGGAGGCCCUCAUCCCUCUGGGGAGUAAUACAGCCCUCCGCGACAUGUACCUCAACUUUCACAAGACGGUCAGAUUUGGCAAGAUCAUGGAAGAUUUGGAUACGUUUGCUGUUUGGGUCUCAUACAGUCACAAUACGGUAGAAAGAGAAGGUGUUCAGACCAUGUCACCAUUGAGUAUAGUCACAGCCUUAGUUGAUAGAGUUGAUUUGAGAGAGAAGCUCAUUCGUUCAGAUUGCGAUAUGAAACUCACCGGACGAGUGACGUGGGUCGGUAAAACGUCCAUGGAGGUCACCAUGCACCUGCUACAAGAAACAGAGAAAGACAAAUGGCUUCAACUCCUGACUGCAAAGUUCCUAAUGGUGGCGAGAGAUCAGAAUAAAAAAGCAGCAUUUGUUAACCCACUAAAGGCUACAACACCUGAAGAAGAGGAGAUCUUAAAGAUGGGAGAAGCGAACAAGGAACAGCGAAUGCUGGAAGCGAGUCAAUCAUUACUGAAGACGAUACCGACCAAAGAUGAAAGUGUUCUUGUGCAUGACAUGUUUGUUUCUACUUUGGAUCCGAGUGUACACUCGUUCAGACACCGAGUACUGCCUAAAGAUGCCAUAUGGAUGAAUGAUGGUGCUCUUAAAACUGUUAUCAUCUGUCAUCCCCAGGAGAGAAAUAUCCACAACAAGAUAUUUGGAGGUUUCCUGAUGAGGCAGGCGUUUGAGUUGGCCUGGGCUAACGCCAACGUGUUCAGCCAGAGGAGGCCGUUCAUCAUUGCGGUCGAUGACAUCGCCUUCAAAAGAGUUGUCGCGAUUGGAUCUUUGCUAUUUUUGUCAUCUCAGGUUGUGUACACGAGUGGCACCAAGCUUCAAAUUCGGGUGCAUGCUGAGGUCGUUGACCCCAUGGUAGGCGAACAAGAGACUACGAACACAUUUCACUUUACCUUCAGUACGAUUGGCAAUGUGCCAACUGUUGUGCCAAACUCAUAUGCAGAAACCAUGCUUUACCUCGAUGGGAAAAGACAUUUCGACGAAUCGAUGAAGUAUGUAUCAUCUGAUGAAGAGAUUGGAUUAUAGACAUUUAGUAAUUGUUCUUUGCUUCAUUGUAAAACAUUUUUUCAUACUUUCGCUGACUUUGUGGUCACUUACAAUUGCGGAGCUAAUAUUCUGUAUUCUGUUGUGAUGUCAAAAAAAUUUCUGUCUCAAAGUUAGAUUUAAGAAAAAUUUCACAUUGAAGAAAUUGGCUGGGUAGGUUUCGCACAGCAGCCCGUAAGGCUAGUAAAGGAUGUGGACAUUUAUUUCUGGAAAAGCCUAUAGGCUAUCAUUGUGUUAAUGACAUGAUGAGAUUACAUGUACACCUUUGCUUUUAGAAUGCUUUUGUUUACAAAAAGAACUAUUUUGCUUUAGAUGUUUUGUGGAAUUUUUAGUUUUGAAGAGACAGUGAUACAUGUAUGUUGAAUGUUUACAGCAUGUUACUCUGAUGCAAAUAAUCUUUUUUUAAAUGAUGGUGCAAAUGUUAUGGGAUAGUUAUUGUAUAGUGAUUAAAAAGUCUGAUUAUAAAUUUCGGAAUGAAUGACACUUUGAUAGGCAGUAGCUUUCUUGUAGUGACUUGUAUCGAUUUUUAGGCGUUUUCAUACUUGCAUUGUUUCGUAUGAUCGUACUACUUAAUCAACCGGUCGUUUACAGUAGAACCUCUCUAUUAGGGACACCUUCGGAACUGACAAGGUCUUGUAGAUUUCCACUCAAAAAGGCAGAGUUGUGUGGUUUUCUUGUUAUAUUUGUACAGGGUAUCAAUAACAGGUAAUGGUAAAGAUGAUUUGAUAAAAUACCCUGUGGCCAAUUUGUAAUCACCGUUUGAACAGCUAAGUGGAGUUCACCAUGACUUAAAGUAACGAUACUGAAACUAUUUAAGCACUUGAAGUUCAUGUCAUCCAAUGUCUGUAUUAUUUUGAACGCUUUUGAUAUUUAUUUGAUUUUGAUAUACAUGUGUUUCGGCGAUUUCAAAAUGGCCAUGGGUAUUUUUGUAAACCACCUGUUGUAUCAGUACUUGCUAGGUUUGUUUG